CCAAUACCGUCAGUGGAAGAGCGACCGGCGUAGAUUCGCCAGUGCGCUGUGGCCGCUGGUCCCCAUCUAUUUAUAUAUUUCAUCUGUGAUACUUUUUUCUAAACCGGCCUGUUACUUUUUCGAUGUCUGUACUUAAAAAUAAGUCAUUGAAUUAUAUUUAACUAUUUGCGUCGGUGUUAUCGUGGUUUUUGUGAAGUGUGUGAUAAUUUAUACAGAGAGAACGUGUACACUUCAGAUUUUUAGCGCAUUGUGUGACCGAUUUAUGUGUGAUUCCUCGAAAAUUGUAUUUGUUGCUUUAUCUUUUGACCAUUGUAUACAUAAUAAUUGUUUUUAUUAUCCUGUUUAUAAGAGACAAAUGCUUACUUAUUUUACGUUUAGUUUUAUUUUGUGGAUUUUGUUAUCGUAAUAAAUUAGAUAAUAAUGGAAUCAAAAGUGAUACUUCGGGAGAAGAAUCCACAUGAAAAGGCUAAUAUAUUUUCAAAGUUAUUUUUAUGUUGGAGCCUGCCGUUAUUUCGCAAAGGAUACAAAGAAGGCAUAAAUGUGGAAGAUUUAUGGCAAGCUCGUGACAGCGAUCAUUCUGGGAGGCUCGGAGAUCGCCUAGAAGAAGCAUGGAACAAAGAACUAAGCAAAGCACGUAAGAAAAACACCCAGCCGUCCCUGCAGCGGGCGAUUGUUUCAUGCUUUUGGCUCGAAUACAUGAUGGUCGGUUUAUUUGUUGGAGUACUCUUUAUAAUACUAUGGCCUAUGGUACCUUAUACACUAGCUUUAUUUAUAGGAUAUUUUUCUGGAGAGAGAACACCGGAAAGAUACAGAGAUGCCCAUAUUCAUAAUUUUCUGUUGAAUUUUGUAACCAUAUGUACGGCUUUAUUUCUAUGUCAUACUCAGUUGGGACAGAGUCGAGUAGGAAUGCGAGUGAGGAUAGCAUGUUGUUCAUUAAUGUACCGAAAAAUCCUGAAGCUUAACCGAGUCGGGUUAAGUAAUACAGAACCAGGGCAAGUUAUAAAUUUGAUGUCGAACGAUGUGAACCGCUUUGAUAUAGCAGCGACAUUCCUUAACUGUAUGUGGGUUAUGCCAAUAGUCGUCAUAGUGGUGUCCUAUUUAGUAUGGCAACACAUACAGUGGGCGAUGUUUGCUGCUCUAGCUGUUAUAUUCCUUCAGACCGUCUUUGUUCAAGCGUAUUUAAGUAAUCUACAGGGUACACUUCGUGGUAAAAUAGCUAAGCGUACCGACGAGAGAGUUAAGGUUAUGAGUGAGCUUGUAAAUGGGGUCCAGGUGAUUAAGAUGUACGCUUGGGAAAAACCCUUUGAGAAGCUUGUCGAUAGACUUCGGAAGUUAGAAGUGAAGUUUAUUUUACAAACUUCUUUCAUAAAGGGGUUCUCAACAGCACUCACUGUGUUUACGGAACGCUUCAUAUUGUUCGCGGCUGUGGUGGCGUUUGUUUUGAUGGGCGGCGACAUCCGAGCGAGCAUAACAUUCUCGCUCGUACAAUACUACAAUUUGCUGCAACUCGCUUGCAAUAUAUUCUUCCCCCUUGCUUUAGCUUGUCUAGCUGAAGCUAAGGUUUCUAUUAGGAGAAUUGAGGAGUUUUUAAGUCUAGAGGAAUUAGAACCUGAAGAAGUCGGUGCGAAUGGCAAAAACGGUAUCGCUUUAACCAAUGGUAUAGAUAAAGAAAAGGAGAUGCUUAAAGAGAAAGAGACAGGGUCCGGUCUGGUACUCACUGAUGUUAGUGCGAGCUGGCAAUCAAACCCGAUCGUACACACGUUACGAAACAUCACAUUCACAGCGCAGCCCGGCGAAUUUAUCGGCAUUGCCGGCCUUGUCGGUUCUGGAAAGUCGUCACUGUUGAACGUUAUAUUGGGAGAGUUAAAACCAGCCCACGGGACGGUGUCUCUGGGCGGAGCGCGAUUGGCAUACGCCAGCCAGGAACCAUGGCUCUUUGUUGGAACAAUAAAACAAAAUAUAUUGUUUGGUCUGCCUUUUGAUAGAUUGCGGUACAAAAAGGUAGUCGCAGCGUGCGCCCUACUUCGCGACUUCGAGCAGCUCCCGGCGGGCGAGUCCACAUUGGUCGGCGAGCGCGGCAUCAGUCUGAGCGGCGGACAGCGCGCCCGCAUUGGCCUUGCCCGCGCAUGCUAUAGAGAGGCGGACAUAUACCUCCUGGACGAUCCGCUGUCUGCUGUGGACACGCACGUCGGAAAGCAUCUCGUCUCUGAGUGCGUCAACGGGCUAUUACGUCACUCCACACGCAUCUUAGUAACGCAUCAACUGCAUCACCUGAAGACAGCUGAUAAAGUCAUCAUAUUACACAAUGGUGAAAUCGAGACGCAAGGAUCUUUUGAAACAGUAUCAAAAACUCCUCUAUUUGAAGAACUGUUGGAGGAAGAAGAGCCCUCUCCUGAGGAGGUAGCACGCCAACAAUCUCAAAGGCAACGGACUAUGUCUAUUCAGUCGGCAGUGUCCAGUGUCAGUACGACUUUAGAUGCGGGAAUGGAACCUGAAGAGGAGCCGCAGGAAACUGCUGAAUUGAUGGAAAAAGGUCGCGUGCCUACUUCCAUCUACAGGAAGUACUUCCACGCCGGCGGAAGCUGGUCACUUCUGUUCUUUACAGUGUUUUUCAUUCUCCUCGCACAACUUGUAACAUCAGCUGGUGAUCUUUGGCUUACUCAUUGGAUGAAUGAUGUAGAAGCGACGCAUAAAAUUGAAAAAUAUUCAUUAGCAAACUUUUCGGAUAUUUCAAACGGCACAGACGUUAACGAUACUCUGUCAGUACUGAAUGUGUCAACAGAAGCAUCACCUCCCAUAACAACUGAAUCUCCGACUACAAUCAACCCAAACCUCACGGUCAUCGGUACAAUGAUGAGGACAGCCAUCACAAUCCAGAACAUAACCUCACACGAACAACCCUUCGACCAUUCAUUUUAUAUUUACGUGUGGGGAGCUGCAAUUGCAGGCUGUAUUUUGUUUACGACGGGAAGAUCACUAGUUUUCCUGUUCGUUUGCAUGCGAAGCUCGAUAAGGCUUCACAAUAAGAUGUUCAGUAACAUACUUGCUGCCACGAUGCGUUUCUUCGACACAAACCCAUCGGGUCGUAUCCUCAAUCGAUUCUCGAAGGAUAUGGGCGUGGUGGAUGAAACGAUGCCUAAAAUGUUCUUAGACAGCAUACAAGUAUUCAUGGUGAUGGCGGGUAUAAUUAUUAUGGUGGCAAUUGUAAGUCCGUACAUGUUGUUAACAACCAUGGUCUGCGGUGUUUUAAUGUACUUAUGGACACUCGUAUAUCUCGCUACAGCGCAAGCUGUUAAGAGGGUGGAGGGUGUGACCCGCAGCCCCGUGUUUUCGCACGUGUCGGCGAGCAUGGCGGGGCUCCCCACGGUGCGAGCGUGCGGCGCGCAGGAGCUGCUGCGCAUACAGUUUGAUGACAAACAAGACGUCCAUACUGCGUCUUGGUACUUAUCACUUAUCACCAAUACAACUUUCGCGAUAUAUUUGAGUUUGAUAUCUGCUACGUAUGUGGUCGUUGUUGCCUAUACUUUCCUCCUAUGCGGUGACGAAACGACAAAAUCUGGAAAUGUUGGUCUGGCUCUCAGUCAAGGUUUAAUUCUCGUAAACAUGAUGCAACACGGCAUUAAGCAAACUACUGAGGCUAUAUCACAGAUGAUAAGCGUGGAGCGAAUCAUACAAUACACGAAACUGCCGCUGGAAAAGUUAGAGGGGAUUUCCCCGCCAAAGGAAUGGCCGCAACGAGCUAAACUCGUAUUUAAGGAUCUCUAUUUAAGAUAUGACUCGGAAAGCGAACCAGUACUUAAGAAUUUAAAUAGCGUUAUUGAGAGUGGAUGGAAGGUGGGAGUAGUUGGACGCACCGGAGCAGGCAAGUCGUCACUCAUAGCGGCUCUGUUCCGCCUCGCUCCUAUCGAUGGGCACAUCUUUAUCGACGAUUUAGACACUGGGGACAUUGCUUUGAAGCAACUACGUUCAAAAAUUUCGAUUAUCCCACAAGAACCAGUCCUGUUUUCAGCCAGUUUGCGCUAUAACUUGGAUCCUUUCGACAAAUACACAGAUGCUGAUAUCUGGAAAGCCUUGGAACAAGUGGAGCUAAAGCAAAGUGUGACGUCACUAACGUCGGCUGUGGAGGCGGGCGGGUCGAACUUCAGCGCGGGCCAGCGCCAGCUGCUGUGCCUCGCGCGCGCCGCGCUCGCCAACAACAAGCUCAUGGUGCUCGACGAGGCCACAGCUAAUGUUGAUCCCAAUACUGAUGCAUUGAUUCAGAAAUCAAUACGUAAGCAUUUCCGCGACUGUACCGUGGUUACCGUCGCUCAUCGAUUGCACACAGUCGCAGACUCCGACCGUGUCGUUGUCAUGGAAGCAGGGCAAAUAGUGGAAUGUGGCCAUCCACACGACUUGCUACAGAAAGAAGAUGGAUAUUUUACUAAAAUGGUGAAACAACUCGGGGCGGCCUCAGAAAACAGUCUGCGUGAGGUUGCACAUAAUGCGUACUUACAACACAUUAAAUAUGUCGACGCGGAUGAUCAGCAAACAUAAGAGUUUAAAAAAUCUUAUCAAUAUUUAUUAUUUUGCGAUAUCUUACCACAAUUGAUACUCUCCAGUUCAGACACUCACAUCCUUCACUAUUCC